UAUAUAUAUACAUGUAGAUAAUUGGUUUUCCCUCAUCAAUCCCUGCAUUUGUGCUUCUUCUAAUCCUUGUCCAAAUUCCAAGCACACAGCAAUCAUCAAACCUAAGAAAUGGCCUUAAGGGUUGCAGCCCUUUUCCUCCUGCUUUCAACCCCCGCAGUUUAUGCUGUCCAACAUGUUGUGGGAGGCCCCGGCGGGAGCUGGAGUACUGCCGGAGGUUACAGCACUUGGGCUGCUGGAGAAACCUUUAAUGUUGGUGAUACACUCCUUUUCAACUAUGAUACCUCUCAUGGCGUUAUCGAAGUAAGCAAGGAUGAUUAUGACAACUGCAAUACUGGAAAUGCCCUUCAAUCUUAUACUGGAGGCAAAAGCAGCGUUACUUUAUCCAAACCUGGUUCAAUGUACUUUAUUUGUCCAACACUGGGGCACUGCGGACAGGGUAUGCAAUUGGCUGUCAAUGUCCAGGGUAGCAGCAGUCCUCCUUCUAGCUCCACCCCCACCACCCCCUCAACUCCUUCUGGUUCAACUGCACCAAGUACUUCACCAACAACAUCUUCACCAAGUGCUAAAAGCUCACCAUCUGGGUCCAAUGGAGCUGUCAGUGGUCUUGACAGCUUAAAUCAUUUGAUGCUCGGACUUUCGCUUGUCUUGGGAGCCCUGUUUGUUCGCGUUUAAGGGCUAGGCAAGAGGCAGUGCUUUUAUCUCUGUUAAUUUAUUGUGAAAUUAUCUCUGUUGAUUUUGUAAUUGUAAUGAUUUAGGCAAUAAAUGACAGAGUCAAGAUUGCUUUUCAUGUUCUUUAAUCUUCAUGGUAGUGCGCCAUGUAUGGACCACAUGAGAUUGUUGUAGAUUCUAUUGUUGAUCAGUUCCAUGUCAAUGUCUACAUUUCCUGCCCUUAGAGCA